AGAUGUCAUUAGCAUAUUUCUGACUAUAUCUAAUGCUUGCGCAAAGACGCACCACUACUGCUGCAACGCACUGACCAGAGAACUUCCACUCAUCAGACCACACCUCGAUCAACUGCAAUAAUGAGCGACAAGCCCGAUAUCUCAGAGGUGACCAGCUUCGACAAGAGCAAGCUGAAGAAGACAGAGACGCAGGAGAAGAAUCCCCUGCCUUCAAAAGAAACCAUCGAACAGGAGAAGGCUGCGACGUCGUGAAGCCCCUUCCUCACGUCAUGCACUGUACACCCCCACCCCCCCCUCCCCCCCACCCACCCGCCCCUGCAUUGCCUUGUUUUCAGUCACUUCUUUUAGCUGUAUAACUUUGUAACCGAAAUUAUGAAACGACAACAAUAACCAAGCUGCACAGUCCGCGGACGACAGAUGAUGCCUUCGUCAGGGCAGUCGGCCCCCCUGUCCCCUCAGCAAAUACCACCUUAAAGCACCUCGGUGUGAGGCGUUCGUCUUGCUUUUGGGGUGAUGAGGAAGAUUUGUCUGAGGCGGAGGGAGGGUGGACUGCAGAAGACGGUCCCAGAGGCGCACCUCUCCUCUCAAGCACCACCAUAACAUCGGCGUGCAAGCAGAGAGGCAUAAGGGACGGGGCGUGGCUUGCGUCCCAGGAAGCUCAUCAUCGUCUCACAACCACCACCGACACCCAACUUCCUGCGUGGCUGCUUUUGCGCCAAAGCUGAGGCGUCAAGCUUUUUCUUGUUUUUUAUUGUUUUUUCGUCUUCUAAUUUUCGGAAAUGCACAACUUUGUUUGUACGCUGGCCAAAUUGUAAAUGCCCCAAAAAUUGAUACUGUUGACUGUCACAGUCUUUUUUCUUUUGUAUGUACACAAGGAUAAAAAAAAAAAAGUGUAACGGAUUCCAUCUAGAUCUGGGAGAUACUGAAAUGGACCUUUAUUAAAGGUUAAAUUGUAACGUACUUUGGCCCUUUUGUCAGAGUGAUUCGGGAUAGCUUUUAUGUUGCAAUCUGUCUCUGAAUUGUCUCAAAUGUGGGGAAAAAAAAGAAGAAAAAAAAAAUACACCGGCAAUUGAUUCCAUGUGUUUGCUUUCAACCGUAGAUCAAAAUUCUUUGCAGUUUUGUAAAGUCCCAGCAGUCAUGUUAAUCUGCCACAAACCAUUACCAGAAAAGGAAAACCGUGAAAUGUUGUAAUAAAAAAGAAUUUGUUACUAAGAA